AUGGCGCCUCAUCAGGAAGCUCUUCCCGCGCCGAAGAGGCCGCGCACGGCGCAGCAGCCUGCAGCGCCGCCUGCACCGGCGCCUGCGGCGCCGUCUGCAGCGGCGCCCUCACCGCCUGCGCCAUUGGCCGUCGAGGAGCUGCUCGAGAUGGAUUCGGGGGCCAAGGAGUACGUCGACAAUGCUCUCCUGAAGUUCCUGUCUGAGAAGCAAGCACUGGUGGCCUUCAAAGUGCCCGCCUCCGUCAUGCUCAUCCCUCCUCUGAAAAUUUCUUCCGCAGCCUCUGGCGCGCACCUGACAUCGUUUCGGGAGGUCAUGCAGUACGACAACUUGCAGUUGAGCUUCUCUACGACGGGGCAGUACGAGGCUGCAGGGACGGUGUGGAUGCUUGACCCGCUCGCCGCCGACACGUCCGACAUCGUCUCUAUCAGCCAGCUCGAUGCCGCCAUGGCGAACUGGACUGAGGAGAGGCUCUUGCUGUCUUCCGACCACCCGCCGUCGCGGCGCUACUCGUUCGACGUGCCGCUCCCAGCGCGAGUUGUCAACACCAAGGUUGCCCAGCGCAUGACCGAGGGCGAAUCCACUGUUCUCAUGGCAACGGGAGUGCCCAUGCUGGCGGGGCACCCGCUUGUGAUGGCGUGGUAUGGCGCCAUGGCAGAGGCAUUGUCCGCCGGCAACAGUGAUCGCACAUUCAAGCUGUUUGAGGCAGCUUUGUCUGUGCCGAUCAGGCUGCGUCUCAGCCCCGACCCUGACGCCUGCCUGCUAGCGUCGCUGCUGUUCUCGGAGACCGUAUUCUCUACUUCCGCAGCCUCUGGCGCGGAUGCCUUUUGGAAGCUGGCUGAAAAGGUGAGUCGCCUGACAAAGUACCAGAAGGCUGUGGCCGAGAACAUAUCUCUUCCGAAAUUGACCAAAGUCCUCACGACCUACGGGAUCACGUUCAAGGGCAACGCGCUCACCGCGGCACACGCCAAGGCUUUGAAAAGCUUGACGCCUUUCGUCGGGAAUCACGCUUGCGCCGUGGCUUACUCUUUGGCGGAGGCUUUCUGCCCCGAGCUCCGCGAACCCACGCUGUUGAUGCGGCUGGCGCAGCUCUGCAAAGCAAGGACGGCGCCCUCCCAGGCAGACAAGGACGCGGCUGCCUGCGACUCGAUGGCGUUCGUCCUGACCCCCGCGCUGACGCACGUGCUGUUCAAGAAACAUGAUGUCAUCGAGUACAUUAUGCACGAGGCGGCGAUGAUCGACAAAGACAUGGCGCCUACAGUAUCCAUGUUUCGCUCGCCGCUUGCCAUCGUGAAGCACUUCUCAGCCUCUGGCGAGAAAGGCUUAGCUGCUGCAUUUCGGCGAGGGGAGAGCUCCGAUAACACAGGGUUGGAAAACAUGUUCGCUGUCCCUGUGGCCGAAUACCGCGACCAGCAAGGCCGAGAAGCGAGGGCGCAGGCGUUGAUCGACUUCGCGUGGGCCGUUUGGGCUGGCCACUUCGACGAGGAGCUCCAGGAGCUGGCCGCCCAAGACCUGCAGGGAGGUGCAGCCGCCUUCCUGUGGCACCGGUAUUUCACCGACAGCGCCAAGGAGAUGGGCGUCAAGUACCGCGCGCUGACCGCUGCUUGCGCGGCGGGUCCUAUUUCGACUGGCACUGCCGAGGGCGGGGCCUCUGGCGUGGCCACGGGGGCGCCCGAGCUCGCGGAGGCCGACCAGGAGGACCUCAAGAAAACCAAGGACUUGCUCCUCUCUCUUCGCAGGAAGUCCGUUUCGUUCGCGGCGCUGCCGUCAGUUGGCGGAGCCACUGGCGCGGAACACAGCGCCGCCCAGUUGCAGAAACUCUGGGAAGAGAUGCGUCUCG